CGCCGGUCUCUUUUUUCUGCCUUCUUGUCUCCCUCCGGCGAGUCGGCGCGACGGUGAAUUUCCGUUUCCGGCGGUGUCCAUGCUGAACUGAGGAGUCGCAGUUGCCAGGUUCAGUACAGCGGGCUGGGGUUAGAGUUACUUGUUAUUGGUAAAUAGCUACAAUGGAGACUAAAGACCAGAAGAAACACAGAAAGAAAAACAGUGGGCCCAAAGCUGAAAAGAAAAAGAAGCGGCAUCUGCAGGAUCUCCAGCUAGGAGACGAAGAAGAUGCCCGGAAGAGAAAUCCCAAAGCUUUUGCAGUUCAGUCUGCUGUGCGGAUGGCUCGAUCCUUUCACAGGACUCAGGAUUUGAAGACAAAAAAGCAUCAUAUUCCAGUGGUUGAUCGAACUCCACUGGAGCCCCCACCAAUAGUGGUAGUGGUGAUGGGGCCUCCAAAAGUUGGAAAGAGCACUUUGAUACAAUGCCUCAUUCGGAACUUCACCCGGCAGAAGCUGACCGAGAUCAGAGGCCCUGUGACAAUUGUGUCAGGUAAAAAGCGCAGACUCACCAUUAUUGAAUGCGGGUGUGAUAUUAACAUGAUGAUUGAUCUGGCUAAAGUAGCAGAUCUGGUACUGAUGCUUAUAGAUGCCAGCUUUGGGUUCGAAAUGGAAACAUUUGAAUUUCUAAACAUCUGUCAAGUACAUGGCUUUCCUAAAAUUAUGGGAGUUCUCACCCACCUCGACUCCUUCAAGCAUAAUAAGCAACUGAAGAAAACAAAGAAGCGAUUAAAACACAGGUUCUGGACAGAAGUUUACCCGGGUGCCAAGCUGUUCUACCUUUCUGGAAUGGUGCAUGGAGAAUAUCAAAACCAAGAAAUCCACAAUCUGGGCCGUUUUAUUACAGUUAUGAAGUUUAGGCCUCUCACAUGGCAAACUUCUCACCCUUAUGUCCUGGCAGACAGGAUGGAAGAUUUGACAAACCCAGAGGAUAUCCGAACAAACAUCAAAUGUGACCGGAAGGUGUCACUUUAUGGUUAUUUAAGAGGAGCACACUUGAAAAAUAAAAGCCAAAUUCACAUGCCAGGGGUAGGAGAUUUUGCUGUGAGUGACAUCAGUUUCCUCCCAGACCCUUGUGCUCUUCCUGAACAACAAAAGAAGCGCUGUUUAAAUGAGAAGGAGAAGCUGGUUUAUGCGCCUCUUUCUGGAGUUGGGGGUGUGCUGUAUGACAAAGACGCUGUCUAUGUUGACCUUGGUGGCAGCCACGGUUUUCAGGACGAGGUGGGGCCCACCCAUGAGCUGGUCCAGAGUCUCAUCUCCACCAUCUCCACCAUUGAUGCCAAGAUGGCUUCAAGUCGAGUGACACUGUUUUCUGAUUCCAAGCCACUUGGGUCAGAAGAUAUAGAUAAUCAAGGGCUAUUGAUGCCAAAGGAGGAAAAACAAAUGGACUUAAAAACUGGGCGAAUGCGUCGGAAAGCCAUUUUUGGAGAUGAAGAUGAAUCUGGAGAUAGUGAUGAUGAAGAAAAUGAUGAAAUAUCCGAAGAUGACGAGUUGGAAAACGGCUCUAGUGAUGAGGAAGCAGAAGAGGAGGAAAAUGCUGAGAUGACUGAUCAGUACAUGGCUGGUAAGGGCGUCAAAUGAUGGAAACUUGAAGAGUUGGAAGAAGACAGUGAAAUGGAUUUGCCAGCAUUUGCUGACAGUGAUGAUGACCUUGAGAGGAGCUCAGCGGAAGAAGGGGAAGCAGAGGAAGCUGAUGAAAGCAGUGAAGAAGAGGACUGCACUGCAGGAGAGGGGGGCAUUUCAGGAUCAAAGGCUGUUGGAGAAGGUAGUAAAGCAGGGCUGUCGCCAGCUAAUCGCCAGAGUGACCGUGUGAAUCUGGAGAAGUCUUUGCUGAUGAAGAAAGCAGCUCUCCCCACUUCCGAUUCUGGGCAUUGCACAGCUGAAGAGGCGUUUGCAUCUGAAGAUGAAUCUGAAGAAAGCUCCUCACUCGUUGCAGAGGAAGAGGACUCAGAAAAUGAAGAGGCUAUUAGAAAAAAGCUUUCAAAGCCUUCUCAAGUGAGCAGUGGUCAGAAACUGGGGCCAAGGAACUUAAUUGAUGAGACCAGUGAUAUAGAAGAUUUACUCAAAGAGGAAGAAGAUUACAAGGAAGAAAAUAAUGAUUCCAAAGAAACCUCAGGUGCCCUCAAGUGGAAGGAAGACCUUUCCAGAAAGGCAGCUGAGGCCUUUCUGAGGCAGCAGCAAGCAGCUCCAAACCUCCGAAAGCUUAUUUAUGGGACAGUGGCAGAAGAUAAUGAAGAAGAAGAUGGUGAUACCCAAGAAGAGCUUGGAGGGUUGUUUCGUGUCAACCAGCCUGACAGAGAGUGUAAGCAUAAGGCUGACUCUUUGGACUGUUCUAGAUUUCUUGUGGAGGCCCCCCAUGACUGGGAUUUAGAGGAGGUUAUGAACAGUAUCAGAGAUUGCUUCGUGACUGGAAAGUGGGAAGAUGAUAAAGAUGCAGCCAAGGUCUUAGCAGAAGAUGAGGAGCUCUACGGUGACUUUGAAGACUUGGAAACAGGGGAUGUGCACAAGGGAAAAUCAGGUCCCGAUACUCAGAAUGAAGAGGUAGAGAAAGAAGUUAAGGAAGAAAUUGACUCCAACGAAGAAGAAAGUGCCAAGAAAAAGCAUUUGGAUAAGAAGAGAAAAUUGAAGGAGAUGUUUGAUGCAGAAUAUGAUGAAGGAGAAAGCACAUAUUUUGAUGAUCUUAAAGGAGAAAUGCAGAAACAAGCACAGCUGAAUCGCGCAGAAUUUGAAGAUCAAGAUGAUGAAGCCAGAGUUCAGUAUGAGGGUUUUCGACCUGGGAUGUACGUCCGCGUUGAGAUUGAAAAUGUUCCCUGUGAAUUUGUGCAGAACUUUGACCCCCAUUACCCCAUUAUCCUGGGUGGCUUGGGCAACAGUGAGGGAAAUGUUGGAUACGUGCAGAUGCGUCUGAAGAAACAUCGCUGGUAUAAGAAAAUCCUCAAGUCCCGAGAUCCAAUCAUAUUUUCUGUAGGGUGGAGGAGGUUUCAGACCAUCCCACUCUAUUAUAUCGAAGACCACAAUGGAAGACAAAGGCUUCUAAAGUAUACGCCACAGCACAUGCAUUGCGGAGCAGCCUUUUGGGGCCCUAUCACUCCACAGGGAACUGGUUUCUUGGCAAUACAGUCUGUCAGUGGCAUAAUGCCUGAUUUUCGGAUAGCUGCCACAGGAGUUGUCCUUGAUCUGGAUAAAUCCAUAAAAAUUGUGAAGAAAUUAAAGCUAACUGGUUUUCCAUAUAAAAUUUUCAAGAAUACUUCAUUUAUUAAG